AUGGGUUCUGUUAGGUACAGAUGUGUUGUCACAGCAGGAAUAUCUGUGAUUCUGCUGUGUUGUUUUUAUAUGUUUGGACAUUACUAUAAUGAUGACAAACACAUGGUAUUGAAAGAGAAUCAGAUCUCAGGACAUCACAUUGCCUACGAUACUGGACUAAAGGAUACAUGGAAUGAUCGCAUCCAUCAUUUACAGAAAGGAUGUCACCAAAGUGGCAAAAAAGACAAAUAUAAAAUCAAAUAUCAACAAACCCCUGGAAUUUUCUUCCAGUCUAUGAAACUAAAUAUAAGUGUUUGUAAAGUAGCAAAGGCAGGUAGCACGUUUUGGGCUAUUGUGUUUUUAAUUGUAGAAAAAGGUAUGGCAGCUUCAAAGGCGUUUAGCAUUCCAAGACAUAAGAUACAUUCUAUGAGCGGUGGACUUACCAAAAGGUUACCCACUGAACAUGAACAACUGAAGACAAAUGGUGUUGUCGUUUCCCGUGACCCAUACUCAAGAUUGUUUUCAGCGUUCAUAGACAAAUAUUACUUAUUAAGGUUUGUGCAGAAUGCUAAAUCACUGGCGAAAUCCUUAGGAAAAGGAUUUUUUAUGACAGAAGUUGGUAAGUGUGGGUACAAUGUUUCUUUUCAAGAUUUCGUAGACAGUGUAACAACAACAGCUCUACAAGGAAGAGGUAUCAACCGACAUUGGAGUCCUGUUUACACCAUGUGUAGAGUGUGUGACGUGGAAUAUCAAUAUGUCAUACAACAGGAAACAUUGACAAGGGAUACAGAGUACAUCAUUAAUCAGCUGGAGAUAAGUAACGAAACAAAAACAACACUGACACGGAUGUUUCACGGAUCCGGUACGAAUAAAACCAUGGCGGGAGUGAUAGAGACUAUGUGGAGUGCUAUUGACGGCCCCGCUAUGAGAGCAUGUUGCAGCAACAAACUUGCCUACUUCAUGAAAAUGUGGGAAGGAUUCAAAAUACAAGGCUACAUUAGAACAAAUAUAGCAUUUCCUUUAUCAGCAUUUCAAGGUAAAAACAGCGUUAACGUCAAAAACAUUACAAAUGCUGUUUUGAAGGCGAUGAGUACUAACCCUUUAUCAAGUACAGAACGAAAGACACAGCGAAGACAGGCUUUAGUUGAUGCAUAUGUAGGUAUGCCAAAACGUAUCAUCUCUCAGGUACAAGAAAUGUACAAAAUGGAUUUUUAUUUAUUUGGUUAUGAUGUUAAUCCACCCUCUUGA